AUGAUGGACUAUGAUAAUGAUAGUGAUGGAGAGGAUCUUGUGUUACCAACGCCAACAACAACACCUUUGAUCAAUGUCAGACAGUUUCAAAUCGACUUCUCCAACGCACUAAAUGCACUAAUUCCUCGCGAUGACCUAGAGGAGCAAGUUAACCUUGUCAAACUAGGUGUCGAUGAUAUCAGACCAAAGACUCGCUUUGAACAAGUUGAGGCAGAGAUAAAACAUAUACGUACUGAAUCACCCUUAACAACAUCACCUCGCCAUGGUAGUCAACAACAGCAACAACAGCAACAACAACCACAAACACCAAGGAGUGAUGACAACAACAAUCAACAAAUAGUUAGCUUGGCAGCUACAGACCAAGCAAUGAUUUUAGUUGAUGAUGAUGAUGAAGAAAAGGUAUCAAUGGAUGAUGUCUUGGUGACAGUGUCAUUCUAUCAUCCUUGCAAGAAUCACAAGCAACAAGAGAUAGUUGUGUUGGGUUCACAAAAGUUGACAGAACUGAAGGACAAACUAUAUUGCAUGAGAGAUCAGAUUCUGGAUGGCAAAACAAGGAAGUCAUCAUACUUCUUCAUCAAUGGUGUAUUCUACGAUGAUAUGCGUGAUCCAUCCAAUUUACGAUAUAGCCAGACUAUAAUAGAAUGGCUGGAUAAAAAGGGCAAGAACAAUGGAUAUGUAUCAAAGAAUAUGGAGGACUAUACAUUCUUUGAUCUGUCCAUAUCAUUGGGCGAACGAUACCUCUAUUGCAAUCAAGGCAAUUGUGAACACUUCCUUAUAUUCCACAAGAUACGACUGGUCAAACCUACUGAUUGCAUUCGCAUCUCAACCUAUCCAAUUAUCGUCGAUCAGCUCAAGAGCAGGAGGAGGAGAUGUAGGAUAUGCGAAAUAUAUCCAUCAAAACACGUGACAAUCGCUGACAAACUGAUGGACGAGAGUCCAUACUUCUUCUGUGAUGAGUGCUAUCGAACGUUGCACUAUUCCAAGGAAGGACGACUACUUUACAACGACUUCCAGGUGUAUCCAUACUUCCAUGAAUAG